AUGCCGACGUUAGUCAUCCCCGUCCGUGCGUACCUGCACCGCACGCCUGCUGCUCGAGCUAGGCCCUGGGGCGACCCUGGGGCGACCCUGGAGCUACUCGGGCAGGUCGGGCUACCGUUACUCGAGCUGCCAUGUGGGUCGGAGCUCCCGCGCGGCGGGCAGUGCCUUCCCCGGGAUCGCACCUGCCCCAUCGAGGAUAGGCGCGAGCACGAUAUCGCCGUGGAGCCGCGACUCAUCGUCAGCAAACCCCUCCAGAAGCGGCCAACACCGGCCUAUCUUACCGCUUACCUGCACAUCCUGCCCUCUUGUGACGCGACGGUGCUGUGA